AUAUGAGCCCGCUGAAUGUACGAUAUUUACCCCCCCGUUUAUAUUCUAAAUUCGUUAAAGAGAGGAUCUGAAGGAUGGUGUUAGUUCACGUUGGAUAUUUGGUUCUUCCCGUCUUCGGCUCAGUGAGAAACAGAGUCUAUGGAGGCUGAAUCUACAUACUGCAUUAUCAGAUCAUUGUGUUUUAAUGAUCAUCUGUGUUCUGAUCCCUCAUUUCCUCUUUCCAUCAGAAGACGACACAACAUCUCAGAUCUGCUCAGCUCACCUGAGACCAAACACAUUCAAACACAGAGAGCCUAACACAUUCAGACUGUCUAAUCUAUGUGCUGUAGUGUUGUUAUAACCCACAUCAGUAGCUGUAGUAAAGUGACUCAUGUAUGUGCCAUCCAGCUUUGGUAGUCAACAACACGUAUGUAAAUUCCUGUGAAAUGGAUGCAUUUUGUGCUUGAAUAAUAAUCACCGUCCGUCUCCCUGUGUAUUGAAAACCUUUAGGUGUCACCCACCUGCAUAACUGUGCUUCUUCAUUCAUUACCUCUGCCCUUUACACGAUCAUCCAUUAUUUGAGAGAAAAAACAAGAAAACAACAGACAAACGGCAACUUUUUCAAUUGGCUUUAUUGUUCGGCGGAAGCUGCUGAUCACGAAUGAAAGCGAGGAUUUUGCAACCAAAAUGCCAUCCAUUUGGCAGGGAUGUUUUAUAAUGAUCUCCUGCACUGCCAUUAUAUGAAAUACUCUACUAGAGCUCAAAUGUCUAUUGUUUGGUUGUGCUUUCUCUACCUUUUGUUCUGGUAAUAGACUUCAGUGCAUGAUUCAUAUUAUUAUGCUCUUAUUUUGUAACGAUUCUACAUUGAAUAGAGUCCAAUGUAAUCUUUCUGUAGUAAACAUGUACCCUGCUGUACUGUAAUGUGUGCUGUAGCCGAUGCAUCUGCUCAUUGGAUGUGGCUUUUGUUCUGUUAACCCUGUACUGAGCAUGGUGGGCCUUGCUAUCUAUUGAUCAAUGUUGUUUUUAUUUGUUGCAUGGACUUAUUAUGACACCGAUCCACGUAUACUAAUAUUUUUCAAUAAAGAUGAUAGUAUUUUUCCUAACCUCCAGUGUGCUUCUUGCUGAUUAUCAUUUAUUGUCUCUCCCCCCUCCUCUGCUGUGACAAAGAUGGUUUGAUUUCCACGCUUCUCCAUCACGAGACCUCCGUUAGUUGAUCUGUGGUCAUUUACGCCCGUCACUGAGGCACUUGAAAGUGCGCUGCCGAGACUUUGAUAAAACGUUUGAAUGGCGUUCUGUGGGACACGUGCAGCUGCACUUUCAAGUCACCUCAGAGUAAAUGAUCCGGAUUCAAUGUAUGCGUGGCCUUUUUCUGUGGCGUGUCAAGGUGUGUCUACUCAUUUCAUCUUCUAACCGACACAGAUAUGUUUAGCAGCGGCCUUGUGUGAGGAUUAUCAAUGAUUUGCUCUUCACUUCAUUCAUUUAUUCAACUCGCUGUUUUUCUACGGUACUAAUGCCAGAAUCAGAGCGGCGAUAUUUUCAUUGAACGAAUGAUGAAAAGCUGAAAUGAUUUCUUCAACAAACGGACAGACUGCUCUGUCCUCCCUCUCAUCUGUCACACGUGAAUCUUUCACCUCACAGACAUACUGUCAACAUUCCACCUCUGUACUGACAGAGUUUUGUUCUAGAAAAUCUACUAAUCCGAAACAAUUUACAGUGGAUUGAAUCUAGACAUUUUUCAAAUGUUUGUCCUACUGACAAAGAAACACAUUUCAGUAACACAAAAAUGCUGGAUUCAUGUUCUCAUAUCAGGUGUAGUUUUCUGUCCUGCGCUCUUUAUCGCUAGCAAAACUCUUUUGGAUUUCUUCAGCUGAUGGUAGCUGUGAGUGCAAAACGGCUUUCAACAAACUGAAGGUUUCAUUUUCAUCCCACAGACAUGAUGAUUGUGACCUAUCAGAGUAAAACACGUGUGACAUGCGUGCUGCUUCUGGAAGGAAUAAGGGGCCGUGUCCACCGACGUGUUUUUCAAUUGUUUUCAACGGAAACGCCGCGCUUUUAAAAAAGCCAUCAGUUGACUUUUUUUGCGUGCUCAGCGCUGGUGCUAUGCGUUUUUCCCACGAUCAGCGCCGGGCGUUCGACCGUGCGCCCAGAGUUGAAAAAUGCUCAACUUUGGGCAGAACGCUGCGCCUGCAGCAGGCGUUUUCAGCCGCAUAAAUGCACCUCGGUGGACACAGCCCCUAACAGAGGUCUGAGUUCAGAUUAGAUGGAUGUUCUGGAAAAAUGUCAUUGGAUUUGCAGUUUCUUUAAAAAAAAAUGCAUGACAAACACACUUGAUGAUGCGUGAGUUGUGUCCAGAGCAUUAUUUCAUGACACGCGUGUGGUUUUGAGUUGAUGAAUCAGCAGCACGACAGCUGUGAAUCUCUUCAGUUUUCAUCUGCUGUCAGUAAAACAAACUGAAAGUGAUGUUGAGGUGAGGAGACACGGACUGUCUUCACACAACACAACACAACAAUACACUUCACACACACACACACACACACACACACACACAUGAUGUCAUCUCAUCAUAAUACACAUUUAAUCACAAACAUGACAUUUUAAGGAAUCUCAACUAGAUUUUGAGCGAUGUUUGCUAAAUGAAGCAGUCGGUCAGAGCCGUUCAUGUCCACAUUUACGGUACGAACAGGAUGUAAAACCUGAACUGAUUUGUGUGGAGAAGAACAUGCCUCAUCUGUUUCAUAAUAACACACGUGAGGAUCUCAUUUUAACAGGCAUCAGCACAGUCAUGCUACCUCCUGCCGUCAUUUCCACGUCGGCCCGCAGACACAGAUCCCCGUGGAAUUCCCCAUGCCUCAUCCAGGACAAUCUCAGACGGGGAUCAGCCAUCACCUCGGGCCCGCUCACCAGCCGCCCGCCGCCGCGUUACAUCCGCCCCUCGGCCACAUACCAGCACCACCUUUCCAGGACAUCCCGAGCCCUCCCUUCCUACCUCAGGCUUUACACCAGCAAUACCUCAUCCAACAGCAGAUCCUGGAGGCCCAACACAGGAGGAUCCUUCCACAGCCCAGACACGCUCAAGACAGAGCCCUGCACCACCCGCAGACGCUGCGACCGCCGUACGAUUACCCCCCGUCCCUUCACGUUCCUCCACCCGCAGGCCUUCCACAGCAGCCUCAGCGUUAUCUGGCUGAAGGAACAGACUGGGAUCUGAGUGUGGAUCCGGCUCUCCCGCAGUAUCACAUUCCCCCUCUCUCACAACAUUACCAGCAUUACCUGACGUCUCCACGACUCCAUCACUUCCCCAGAAACACAACCACAGCACAAGUGGUCGUCCAUGAGAUCAGAAACUACCCGUAUCCUCAGUUACACCUGCUGGCUCUGCAGGGACUCAGUCCGUCUCGACACGCGUCUGCCGUACGGGAGAGUUAUGAGGAGCUUCUGCAGUUGGAGGACAGACUGGGGAACGUGAACAGAGGAGCCCUGCAGAGCACCAUCGAGAGAUUCACGUUUCCUCACAAAUAUAAGAAGAGAAGACCUCUGGAGCUGAAGAUCGGGAUGGACGAGGAAGAACUGGACACGGAUGAAAAAUGCACGAUUUGCCUCUCAAUGCUUGAAGACGGAGAAGAUGUGAGGAGGUUACCCUGCAUGCAUCUCUUCCAUCAGGCGUGUGUUGACCAGUGGCUGGCCACCAAUAAGAAGUGUCCCAUCUGCAGGGUAGACAUUGAGACGCAGCUGUCCCCCGACAGCUGAUGUCUCGCGUAGCACUAACAUCUCAAGUCCUGUCGUCUUUCUCCGUGGGUACUUUGCCAAAUGUGUCGUCUCUAUCACCUCUCACCUCUGACCUUUGCCUUCUGAGCCAACCCACGAUGUAGAACAGGGAGGAACGCAGAAGCACGCGGAGAAGAUUUCAUCGAGUCACACGAGACGCUCUCCUCAGAACCACCCACCAUUUUCAGUGGGUCACGAACGAAGCAUUGCAGCAUAAACCAAUAUAGUAGGCGAGAGUCAUGACUUACACGCGUGUGUGUUGUAUUCAUCACAGGUGAUGAUGCUUGAGUCAUUGGUGUGGUGUACCAGUAAGAGCAGGCUUGCCAUAGACAUGAACUGUGACCCGUCUGUAUUUUGUGCUCGCUUACAAACGUGGAGGAUUGUGGGAAUUAAUGCAUGAGGAGGACGUCUCCCGCGAGAGAUUCUACUAAUCCUGAAGACACUCACUGUGUUCUUAACGCGAGUGAAACAUGUUACCGCGAUGCCUGUAGUAGCACAAGCACACGUUUAUAACCGUCUCCGUGAGUCUCGUGACGUGUGUGGUUUCGCUCGCUCGUCAUACCGUGCAUGAAGUCCGUUCGCGCGCGCGCUGCCAUUUCUAGAGGACACAAGGGAGUAAAGCCAUUCGUUUUCUAGAAACCAAACAUUGAUUUUUUUCUACGCCGUUCGCGGUCGUUCUCUUUGUCGCUUACGGUGGCCGAGCUGUGUGUACACAACACAAGUAGCUUCAAUGCUGGAAGAAAAUAUUUAUUGUCGUCUUAACGUCGCGCGAUUCUUUCACGUUUCUUGCUUUUGCACCCGGUUUCCUUGUGUACAGUGCACUCCAUCCAAAUAAAACGAGGGAACGGAUCCGUUGUGACAGCACGUGGUGUGAUUUCGUUGACGUUUCCGUUACGCUUCACCCUGACUGACCACUUUUAAUGUACGUGACGUAACUGUUGUUAACCGUAGCAUUUCAGCAGACGUUGUUGUUUCGACGAUAUGACGACGUCGUUUUUGGAUUUCGCAUUGUGCGUCUAAUAAUAAUAAUAAUGAUUAUAAUAAUGGUAAAUUGUGGUGGUGGUGAUGAUGAUGAUGCGCGUUUCUGCUUUUUUCGUUGCGUAGUUUACACACGAGAUCGUGCGUCCAAAUGCCUUAAGUAUUUAACAAUCAUAAUUUAUGACUAACUUUACCUGCUCUGGGUGCGCGUUUUAAGUUCUCAACUAGUAUCGCAAUGUAAUCGAUUUAUUUAUUUACGUAAGAAAAGCGUGUGUGUGUGUGUAUAAAUACCUCAUCGUGCUGUAAUACUUUAAUGGGAGUGCUUUGCAUGCGGUCGUACAAGUGUCAAAACAAGCGAAAUAAAACCCAAGGGCGUGCUGAAAUGUGUUCGUAUGUGGUGCUGUAGUUUUUGGUUACAUUCCAUUCAUGCAAUUUCAUCGAGUCGUUCAGCUGUGAGCUCGUUCAUACGGACUGGAAUAGUUUUGCAUGUUUCUCCGCACACAUGCGUCACUGUUGUCGUCAUUUCAACAGCUGGUGAAUCUGUGUGUGUUUUCUAAUAGUGAUGACGAGUGAGUUUAGCUGUGAUUAAAGCUGCUUGUCUUGUACUCUUUGGGCUUUAAUUUAUAGUUUAGCGUUCGAAUUCGGUGUCGGCCAGCUCUCUGUGCACUGCGCUCGAGUUUGAUGACGAUUCUUUGAUUUUCCCGUUAGAGAAGCCCGUUGGGUUUCUUUUUCUUCUUUUUGUGUUGGUUCUUUAUAAGAGGGGCUUUAAAACGUCUGAAUGCAUUCGUACAGCUAGUAUUGUGGUACAAUAUAGUAUAUUUCAAGAGUUUGGUUCCAAAACGAGAUAAGUCCGUUUAAAAAAAAAGUCAAAAAUCAUGUUUUUUUAUUGUGCAUUCCAAUUAAUUUCAAUCAAAUUGUAGUUGCUUUGUUUUGAUUUAAAGGGUAACUCCGGCCAAAAAUGAAAAUUCUGCCAUUAAUUACGCUCCCUCAAGUAGCCUAUUUUUCCCCAAAACGCAAAUUAAGGUAGUUUUGGAAGCUUUCUGACUCCUCUAUAGAUGGCAACGCAACCAAUCUUCAAAGCGCUGAAAGUGCCUAAAGACAUGGUAAAAUAGUCCACGCGACUCCGGUUGUUCAGUAUUAAUUAAUUAAUAUACUGCGACGAGGAUAUUUUUUGUGCGCAAACAAACAAAACUAACGUUCCGGUGUCGGCAUCGCUCGACGCAUGCGCGUUCUGACGUAGAGCCUGCGUGGUCAGAACGCGCAUGCGUUGAGUGAUGCUGACAUUGGAUGCACUGUCAUGUGGCUCGUGUGCACCUUAAUUUGCGCUUUUGGGAAAAAUGGAGGUCAUACAGAUGUUAAACUACUUGAGGGUGAGUAAUUAAUUGCAGAAUUUUCAUGUUUGGGCGGAGUUACCCUUUAAGCCAUAAUAACUCAAAAAAUACAGCUAACACACACAAUAAAACACAACAAAAACACGGUAACGUAAUAAAAACAUGAUUUUUGAAAAAGUUUAAAAACGGAGCUAUCUCAUUUUGGAACCAAACUCUUUCUUUCUUAUGAUGUCACAUUUUCACACGUAAUUUAGCUUUGAAACCCCCAAAGUUUUGUUCUGCCAAUAGAGUGUUGUGGAAAACUGAAUACAUCACUGAAAUGUGACGUCCUAGUUCUAGUGUGCAACCUAAUACGACACACGAGAGUCGUACCAGAACAGUGUGUGUGUGGGGGGAAUAAUGGCUUUAUAUUUUUUUCUGAUUUGUGUCUCUAGCCUGUGUAGCCUUGAAGUGGUUUUGAUUUGAUCGAUUGAUUUCUCCAGCAGAUUUGACAUAAGCAAUAGUAUUAUUAUGUGUCUAACGCUAACAGACUGAACCCUAGAUGAUCCUAAAGCACAAGUUCUGUAAUGCAUGUCUUUCUCAGGUUUUAAUAUGCGUAUGAGAAUGAGUACAUAUGUUAUAUAUCUGAUGUUCUUCUGCUGCUGACAAGAAAACAAAACAAAGCAUAACAAAAAACACGUGAAAUAACCUGCCAGUGAAGAGGACGAUGAUCCUGCUGUGUGCCGUUACUGCGCAAUGUUUUCUGACAUGAAUAUUUUAUAGCUCAAGUAGAAAAAUAUGUAUUGACAAUAUUUAAGCAAUAGCUUGGUGAUUAUAAUGUAUGAUAGAUAAGUGUAUAUUGCGUAAAAAAAGAAAAUCUUAGAUUCACUUUUGGUGGAUUUUGUACUGUAUUUAUUACUAAUGACGAUGCAAAAAGUUGCAUAGCUUAACCCAAAUUUUUCUUUUUUAAUUUCUUGUCUUGUUUAUGACCCUUUUUGUAUGUGUUUUUUU